AUGCCGAAAGACAGUGUAAGUCAUAGUUACAACGGCCGUGGUAUGCUGGUGUACAAUGCACCCGUGUACCACAAUGCUGUCCUCGUGCGGCGUCCGGGAGGAAACGCCCGACGAUGUUACAGGUGCCAACAGGUGGGUCACCUGGCGAGGAAUUGUGACUCCCCCUGCGUGGUACCUGCGGCAUCGCCGGUUGCGUCCUCGUCGGGGCCGCAGCAGCAACAACAACAGCAGCAACCGCAACGGCAGCGGCCACCGCAACAGCAGCAGCGAGGGUCGAGGCGGCGGGGCCGUGGGUUAAGUUUUGUCGGUCAAACGCCGAGGGUGGUGGAGGAGCCGGCCGCAGCCUCGACUCCAAAAUCGACGGGUGAGGAGGUGGGGUUCACGACCGCCUCCUCAACGCCUGUAACUCCAACUGUGAUCGGGUCGGAAGGCAGUGGGAGGUGGGAGGUCAUGGAGGAUGAAUGA